AGUACGCGGGGGCAGCGCUGCGGGCGGGGCCGAGAUCCAGACACCGAAGCAGCUGGCACCCAGGUGGCCCGGAGAGGGGCGAGCAACAUGAGCAACAAAUGCGACGUGGUCGUGGUGGGGGGCGGCAUCUCAGGUGGACAGAGGAGACAACUAGUCAUUUAGCCUAAGUUCAGGGAUGUCUGGAAGACCCCUCUGCUGGACUGAGAAACGCAAGAAUCUUGAAGAUGAUUGGAAAAGCAUAGAAAAAGGUAUGGCAGCAGCGAAACUUCUGCAUGACUCUGGCCUGAAUGUGAUUGUUCUGGAAGCCCGGGACCGCGUGGGAGGCAGGACUUACACCCUUAGGAACCAAAAAGUUAAAUAUGUGGACCUUGGAGGAUCUUAUGUUGGGCCAACUCAGAAUCAUAUCUUAAGAUUAUCCAAGGAGCUAGGAUUGGAGACCUACAAAGUGAAUGAAGUAGAGCGUCUGAUUCACCAUACAAAGGGCAAAUCCUACCCCUUCAGGGGCUCAUUCCCUUCUGUGUGGAAUCCUAUCGCCUACCUAGAUCAUAACAACCUCUGGAGGACGAUGGAUGACAUGGGACGAGAGAUUCCCAGUGAUGCCCCGUGGAAGGCACCCCUUGCAGAACAGUGGGACCUGAUGACAAUGAAGGAGUUGCUAGACAAGAUCUGCUGGACAGAAUCUUCGAAGCAGCUUGCUAUUCUCUUUGUGAACCUUUGCGUCGCUGCAGAGAUCCAUGAGGUCUCCGCUCUCUGGUUCCUGUGGUAUGUGAAGCAGUGUGGGGGCACGACCAGGAUCUUCUCAACAUCCAAUGGAGGGCAGGAGAGGAAAAUUGUGGGUGGAUCUGGUCAAGUGAGUGAGCGGAUAAUGGACCUCUUGGGGGAUCGAGUGAAGCUGGAGAGGCCUGUGAUCCACAUUGACCAGACAGGAGAAAAUGUCCUUGUGGAGACCCUAAACCAUGAAUUGUACGAGGCCAAGUAUGUGAUUAGCGCUGUUCCUCCUGUUCUGGGCAUGAAGAUUCACUUCAAUCCCCCUCUGCCAAUGAUGAGAAAUCAGCUGAUCACUCGUGUGCCUUUGGGUUCAGUCAUCAAGAGUAUAGUUUAUUAUAAAGAGCCCUUCUGGAGGAAUAUGGAUUACUGUGGAAGCAUGAUUAUUGAAGGAGAGGAAGCUCCAGUUGCCUAUGCAUUGGAUGAUACUAAACCUGAUGGCAGCUAUCCUGCCAUAAUAGGAUUUAUCCUUGCCCACAAAGCCAGAAAACUGGCCCGUCUUACCAAGGAGGAAAGGUUGAAGAAACUCUGCGACCUCUAUGCAAAGGUUCUGGGCUCACAAGAAGCUUUGCACCCGGUGCACUAUGAAGAGAAGAACUGGUGUGAGGAGCAGUACUCAGCAGGUUGCUACACUUCUUAUUUCCCUCCUGGGAUCAUGACUCAAUAUGGAAGGGUUCUACGCCAGCCAGUGGGCAGGAUUUACUUCGCAGGCACAGAGACUGCUACACACUGGAGUGGCUACAUGGAGGGAGCUGUGGAGGCUGGCGAGAGAGCAGCCCGAGAGAUCCUGCAUGCCAUGGGCAAGAUCCCAGAGGAUGAAAUCUGGCUGCCUGAACCGGAGUCUGUGGAUGUUCCUGCAAAGCCCAUCACCACCACCUUCUUGCAAAGGCAUCUGCCCUCUGUGCCUGGCCUGCUGAAGCUGAUUGGAAUGACCACCAUCUUUUCAGCAACUGCUCUCGGCUACCUGGCCCACAAGAGGGGGCUCCUGGUGCGAAUCUAAAGAGAGGGCAUCUGUAACCACACCCUGGUGUAUGGGUUUGGGGGAAGGCACUGUAAUAAAGUUGCACAAAGACGCGAAGAAUGUAGAGUGAGGCGGGGAGCAUGACGAUCAGUCAGACUUUCUGACCACAGAAUACACAGUCUCUCUUUCUCCAUUUUGACACCUGUGUAUUGUCUAGUACCUAGCUCUGUCUCACCCACUUCCAAGUUCACUGGCUCCAGAAUCUUUACAGUAGUUAAACUGGCUUGUGAAAGGUCCUUGCUAUCCUACUAUACAUUGCCCAGGCACACACACACACACACACACACACAUAAAACACUACUUUUUUCUUACCUCUGUGGCUUUGUGCUUGUCCUUCCUCUUUCCUGUAAUGUCCACAACCUUCCAGGCUCUCUGCAUUUGUCUUUAAAAUCCCAUAUUGUUACAGCUGGAAGAACUUAGACACCAUCAAAUCCUUACUUUCUGUUUUAGAGUUGAGCAAACUGAAAUGGAGAGAGGAGGAACUUAAUGGCUUAAUGUCCACAAUAAGCCACUGAUAUUUUGGUGACUAGGACACAGGUCCAUUGCUUUAUCCCGUCUCUCAGGAUGGAUUGCCCAAUCACCCUUCUCUACUCCCUGCCAAGGUCGCUGAUAGUGUCCCCUUGGGUGGGUUUACUCUGUACUAAGUUGUUUUGUGCUACUCAGAUGCUACUACUCAGUAUAUAUCCUUAAGUCUUACUGUCUUAGGCAGUGUGUCUUCAGCUCAUUUUACUUUUUUUCAUGGUAAGAGUUCUUGUCUUUUCUUCCUUUUGUAUCCUCCACUGAAUCUGGAUACAAAGGUUGGUGCACAUUUGGGUAAUUCAAAUAAAAUUGAUUGACCAGA